CCGCCCCUCGCAGAACACGUCACCCAAGACACGAGCGGGCUCUUUGCCGUGGAGAGCAUCAUCAUCCUCACCAGGGACUCGAGCCAGAAGCUCUCCUGCUCGGUCCGAAGCGCCGUGCACAGCCAGGAACAGGAGCUGGCUCUCUACGUGUCAGAUCCCUUUUUCCACAACGCCCACCCUUGGAGGAUCGCCCUGGGUGUGGCGGUGGUGGCUGCGGUCUCUCUCCUCGCUGUCACAGUUUAUCUCUUCAGAAUUAAAGGGCGCUGCAAUGCAGAAAUCGAGAAGCAAGCUGAAGAACUUGCCUGGAGAAGAUAUGCAGUGCCUAUAGAAGAAGUGAACGUGGUUCUGGAUGCAGACACAGCCCACUGUGACCUUGUCCUGUCCCAUGACUGCAAAAGUGUGAGACGAGAAGACAAGCGGCAGGACGUCCCCGACACCCCUGAGAGAUUUAACCCAUGGCGCUGUGUGCUGAGCUGCGAAGGCUUCACCUCGGGGAGAUGCUACUGGGAGGUGGAGGUGGCGGACGCAGGAGGAUGGGCCGUGGGCGUCUCGAGAGAAGAUGUGAUAAGGAAGGGCGAUCUUGAGUUUAAACCGGAGGAGGGCAUCUGGGCAGUGGGGGUGUGGGCAGGGCACUUCCAAGCUUUCACGUACCCUACUCGCACUCUCCUUCCUGAAAUCCAGGCUCCCAAGCAGAUCCGGGUCUCUCUGGAUUACGAAGAGAGGCGGGUGACAUUCUUCAGUGUUGAUGAGGGAAUUCCCAUCUUCACAUUUCCAGGGGUGUUAUUCGAGGGGGUCAGAGUCCACCCUUGGGUCUGGCUGGGUCCAGGGACGUGGCUCAAAAUGUGUCCCUGA